AUGGAAAUCCAGAGGUCAGAGAUUAAGACUAGAGUCGUGCCUUUCCACGGCAUAACUCCUAACUCAUCAACCAUGCCUCUUGACCAGAUCGAGCUGCUGGUUACGUUUGCCACGCUCGACAACUUCUGCACAGAAAAGCUAACCUUUGAUGUCACGGACUUCGAGACAGUGUAUAAUGUGAUCCUAGGUCGCCAAAUGCUGGGCAUGUUCAUGGCGGUGGUUCAAUAUGCCUACCAAGCAUUUAAGAUCCCAGGUCCCAAUGGGGCCAUUACGGUUAAAGGCGGUCAGCGCGCAGCGGUUAGAUGCGACAUGCAAAGCCUUGAUAUGGUUGAAUACUUCAGUCGAGUGGCCAUCACUCCUAAGGACGCAAAUUCUUAG